AUGCCGCCGGGAGGAAUCCCUCCGGGCGAGCUGGUACACAGACCGGCUCGUCUGUUUUCUUCAACACAUGGGCCAGCAACUCGGUUGUCCGAUCUGAUCUCGUCGUGUCACAUUUCCUAUCAGCAACGGGGAACGACAACGAGUUCAAAUCGUCCAAGGCCUGAUGGCUCCCUAAAACUUUUGCCGGGAGGGAGGGAUUCCUCCCGACGAGCUGGUGUACAUACCAGCUUGUCGGGAGGCGUUCCUCCCGGCGAGCCGGAUUUUAAACCAGCUCGUCAGGAGGAGUCCCUCCCGGCGAGCUGGUACAAAGACCAGCUCGUCAGAAGGGAUUCCUUCCGACGAGCUGGUGCUCGUCGGGGGUUUGAUCGGCGUUCAUUAUCAGCAUCACUGACAAUACCGACUCUCCCUCGACUCAUAGCGCAACUCAAACUGCUCACCACAAUUAAUUUACGUCUAGAUUUCUUGGUCGACCAAGCUAGAAUCCAACAAAAUCUGACCCCGGGAUUGAUCCAAUUAUUCAAUGAAUCGAUUGCGAUUAACUCGACUGCCUUUGAGGCCAAAACUGGUGGCGGUCAGCUGGAGUUCAUUGGCUCAAAGACUGAGACGGCUCUUUCUCAGCGGAAGGCGAUGGGCGUCGUUGUCCGACUUCCGGAGAGUGGCCGCUAUCGUCUGUUCCUCAAGGGUGCCUCUGAGGUCUUGACCAAGCUCACGAGUCACUACGUUUGUGUCCGCGGUCCAUCUUCUGAAGGCCAGCCGAUCAAUCCAGAGCUGGAGGAUGUUUCCCCAACAAGCUGCGCCAGCGAAUACCCGCAAGUGGAUGCGGAUGCCUGA